CUCGCAAUGGCUCGUAAGGAGCGAAGAAAAGUUGCUGAAUUAUUGUUUUACGAAGAAGAAAUUCAGAAAAUUUGGGAAGAAGCAAAAGUUUUCGAAGUUGAUGCACCAACGGAUAGAAGUAUAGCGAAAUACAUGGUAACGUUUCCUUAUCCAUAUAUGAAUGGCCGUCUUCAUCUUGGUCAUACAUUUACUCUUUCGAAAUGCGAGUUCACGAUAGGAUAUCAGCGUUUGCUGGGCAAGAAUUGCAUAUUUCCUUUCGGAUUACAUUGCACGGGCAUGCCAAUAAAGGCGUGUGCAGAUAAACUUGCACGUGAGAUAAAAGAAUUUGGUUUUCCUCCAAAGUUUCCACUUAAUGAAGAGAAUCCCAGUGAAGUGGUGGAAAAUGUCGAGGAUGAGGCAAUGAAAAAUAAAAGCAAAGGGAAAAAAAGUAAAGCUGUUGCUAAAUCUGGUGGAGCAAAGUAUCAGUGGCAAAUAAUGGAGUCACUUGGACUUAGUAGUGGUGAAAUUGCAAAAUUCGUUGAUCCAAAUCAUUGGCUUAAAUAUUUUCCUCAACAUUGCAUUAACGAUUUAAAAAAGAUGGGUGUAAAGGUUGAUUGGCGACGAUCUUUUAUAACAACUGAUGUGAAUCCAUUUUAUGAUUCUUUUGUCUGUUGGCAAUUCAGAAAAUUGCAAUUUUCGAAAAAAGUACGAUUUGGGAAGCGUUAUACUAUAUUUUCUCCUAAAGAUCAGCAACCAUGCAUGGAUCACGAUCGUUCAAGUGGUGAAGGCGUUGGUAUCCAAGAAUAUACUCUGAUUAAGUUGAAAGUGUUGAAUCCUAAACCUGCAGUAUUAUCCGAAAUUGAUAAACCAAUUUUUUAUGUUGCUGCUACUUUAAGACCAGAAACAAUGUAUGGACAGACUAACUGCUAUCUUCAUCCCGAUAUGGAAUAUUGUGCGUUUUAUGUAAAUGCCGAUAAAAGUGAAGUUUUUGUGGCAACAAAAAGAGCUGCUCGUAAUAUGAGUUAUCAGGGAUUCACCCAAAAAGAUGGAAAUAUUUGUUUUGUUGAAGGCUUAGAGAAGAUCAACGGAAAAGAUCUACUGGGUGCAUCACUGAGAAGUCCGUUAACAAUAUAUGAUCAUAUUUAUGCAUUGCCUAUGUUAACCAUUAAUUAUGAUAAAGGUACUGGUGUGGUUACGAGUGUGCCGUCUGAUUCUCCAGAUGAUUACGUCGCUUUCUGUGAUUUGAAAAAGAAAAAGAUAUUAAGGGAAAGAUUUAGAAUAGCUGAUGAAAUGAUUUUACCAUUUGAACCGGUCCCUAUAAUUGAUAUUCCUGGAUAUGGAAAUUUGGCUGCAAUUUCCUUAUGUGAAAAAUUGAAAAUUGAGAGUCAAAAUGAGAAGGAAAAACUCGAAGAAGCAAAGAAAGAAGUGUAUUUAAAAGGAUUUUAUGAUGGUAUAAUGUUGGUUGGCAAAUAUGUGGGGGAAAAGGCUGCUGAAGCAAAGAAAAAGAUACAAACAGAUAUGUUUGAAUCUGGUGAUGCAGCAAAAUAUGUUGAACCUGAAAAAAAAGUUGUUUCUAGAUCAGGCGAUGAAUGCAUUGUCGCUCUCUGCGACCAGUGGUAUCUUAAUUAUGGUGACCCAGAAUGGAAAAAAGAAGCAAAAAAAGCACUUUCUUUAUUAAAUACCUAUUCUGAAGAGGUGCGCCAUAAUCUUCAUUCCACGAUUGAUUGGUUGCAUGAACAUGCCUGUUCGAGAUCAUAUGGUUUAGGUUCAAGAUUGCCUUGGGAUCCUCAAUAUCUCAUUGAGUCUUUAUCGGAUUCGACGAUUUACAAUGCAUACUAUACAGUUGCUCAUUUAUUACAAGGCGAUUCCUUAGAUGGAAGCGGUACUGGAAAAUUGGGAAUUAGGGCUGAUGAGAUGACUGAUGAUUGUUGGGAUUAUAUAUUCCUGAAUGCUGCAUAUGAUAGUUCCAAGAUGUUUAUUAGUGAAGAAAAACUGGAAAUAAUGCGAAAUGAAUUUCUUUACUGGUAUCCGGUGGACAUGAGAGCAUCUGGUAAAGAUCUUUUGCAAAACCAUUUAGCAUAUUAUUUAUUCAAUCACGUAGCUAUUUGGAAUGAUCAUCCAGACAAGUGGCCGAAAAGUUUCCGAGCUAAUGGUCAUUUAUUACUUAACAAUGAGAAGAUGUCGAAGCAAACAGGAAACUUUUUAACAUUGGCUGAAACUGUCAAGUUAUUUUCUGCCGAUGGGAUGCGCUUAUCGCUCGCUGACGCUGGUGAUUAUAUUGAAGAUGCUAAUUUCAUAUUCAGCAUGGCUGAUGCCGCUGUACUUCGUCUGUACAAUUUGCUAAUUUGGGUUAAAGAAAUGAUGGAAUUACGUGCACGUAAUGGUUUACGUACUGGUUCUGCGCGAACUUUUGCCGAUCGCGUAUUUAUUAAUGAAAUGAAUAGAGCGAUAGCGCAAACCGCCGAUAAUUAUGAAAAAACAUUAUUUAAAGAGGCUUUGAAAACAGGGUUCUUUGAAUAUCAGGCCUACAGAGAUAAAUAUCGGGAAUUCUGUGGUAGCGAUUCAGAAAUGCAUGUUGAUUUGGUUUUUAGAUGGAUCGAAACCCAAGCCAUUAUCCUAUCACCAAUUUGCCCUCAUAUUGGAGAGAAAAUAUGGAAAAUUCUCAAAAAGGACAGUUUGAUAGUAUGUGAACAAUGGCCGGUUGCUGCUCCAGUUGAUGAACUGGUAGUCAAAGAGGCUGAAUUUAUUGAUGAUGCAAUCAAAGAUUUUCGUGCACGCUUAAAGAACUAUAUGAAAAAGCGAAGUUCAGCUGAAGGAACUUUACCAUCAGAAGCAGUAAUUUAUAUUGCUCAUGAAUAUCUAGGUUGGCAGCGACAGGUUUUGCUUAUUCUUGGGGAUAUGUAUGAGAAAUGCGGUGGUCUAUUACCCGAUAACAAACUUGUUUCUCGUCAACUUUUGUCCGACGAUUCAUUGAAAAAAGUUUCGAAAAAAGUAAUGCCUUUUGUACAGGUGAUUAGAGAAAAUCUAAAUAUACAUGGUGUAUCAGCACUUGAUACUGCUUGCCGUUUUGAUCAAGCGGAAGUUCUUCGUGAAAAUUCAGAAUAUAUAUUAGCUUGUUUGGAACUAGAAAAAUUCGAUAUAGCAGAUGUGACUCUGGGAAAUGUUGAUAAAAGCAUUAUUGAAGCUACCCGUCCUGGUCGACCGAUUAUUAUUUUUUUCAAACCUGAGGGUGUUGGGAUAAGAUUAAAGUUUCGCAAUGUCGAUCCAUGUUCUGGUUUAUUUGAUGCAAAUGUGGAAGUGCUUGAUCAAGAUGACACCUCAACAGUUGUUCGUAGACUUCGACGUGUAAAUAAAGCAAUAAAAUCUCGGUUGAAAAUUUUUUUAUUCCGUUAUCUAGAUCCAGUUGGUGGCGACCGAAAAUUGAUCUCUAUGGAUAAACUGCUAGAAGGAAAUGUUCGUAUCGGCGAAAAUGGUAGAGUUAUUGUAAUAAUUUAG